AUGAGGUCUCCGGACAAUAGGGGAUCAUGGGGCCCCUGUGUCCUUGCCCACACUCAAAAAAGCCUAUAAAAAGGUACCAGGGGGCAUUUAAUGGGGCCCCCUACUGACCCCGAUCCCUCAGGCAAAGCCCGAGGGCCCCAUGAGUUGUCAGUCCGCCCCUGCCUGGAAAGCAUUCUUUUCAAUUCACUCUGUUAUGUGCGUGGGUUAUGUGUGUGCCCAUUAGGUGCUGUUUCAAUAUGACUGUACUAUGGUAUAUGGAGAAUGGUUGCACUGCAUGGGUG